AUGCCGAAGAAAAAGAAAACAAACCUGAAAGCCAUCAAGCUUAAACAGAGAGAAAGAAAACGAGAGAAGAGGCUUCAUGAGGUGUCCUGCACUACUGAUGUAGAGAGUCUGACUACAGAAUUGUUACAAAAGGAUAAAAGAUCCUUAGCCCAGAAUCAGGCUUCUCUUAGAGAGAAAAAGAUUCAUUCAAAUGCCCUGGGAGUUGCAUCUCCCCAGGGAAGUCUGAGUACCGUAUACGUGUGUACGACACCGAUCUCUGAUUCCGUUUCAUUGAGUACUUCUGAGGAAGUAUCUGUCUCUGAUUCGGUCUGUACUCCUCUGAGGGUACCCUGGCACAAUGAUGGCUUAGCGCCAUGCCUUGCAGAUCAGACGCAACCAUUUCUAUCAAUGCAAGAUAGUAUGGUUAUGGAAAAAGAUGCUCAAAUGUCUAACUUGGUAACAAAAACAAAACAGUCUAACUGGGUAACAGAAAAUGAGAAGUCUGACUUGGUAACAGAAACUGAAAAGUCUAACAUGGUGAUUGAAAAUGAAACAUCUGACAAGGUCACAGAUUCAAAAAGUUACUGCAAAAUUGCAAAGAAAUCAUCUGCAGUUGAAUUGAUGGAGUCAAAUGAUGAGAUGCAAAUGAAUAACAUGUAUACCUCAGUUCAGGGAAACUUUCAUCAGGCAAAUGACUUGUUUGGAUUAAAUGCUGGAUUACAAUGUGUUCCAAAUUGCUUAUCAGCAUUAUCAUACCAUAAAAAUAAACCAGCCCAUUUAUGGCAGUCAUCAGACAUGGACAAAAUUUUGACAACUGGAAAUGAACUGUAUGAUACAUUGCAGAGAUACACAAAUAUUGGACAUCAUUACUUGCUUAUAUCAGACCUCCCAAGGAAUCUUGAUAUCCAUUCAGAAUUGUUUUCGAUGUCAUUUGCUGAAUCAAUUGCCACUUUGAUACCCAUAUCAAUGGAGCAGGAAAUGCCAGAUUUAAGUCAGUUUAAUGCUAAACCAUUGAAAGAAGCAAUACAAAGCAGUCUUGAAAACACAGAUGGCUGUUUUAUAUGUUUUGGAGACAAUACAUUUUUGUGUGGUGUUUUAAGCAACGGUUUCUUUCUGUUUGACUCUCAUUCUAGAACAUCAUCAGGAAGAAUGUCUGCAAAUGGGAAAAGCACUUGUAAAAUUGUUAAAACUGUUGAUGAAGUUCAUAUGCACAUUAUUGAAUUGGCACUUUCUAUGGGUUUUUCUAAUGCUAUAGAAUGUGAAAUAACAGGAAUGUGUUGCAAGAAAGAUGGUAUUGAAGAAAAUGUUGAGAAUGAACAAGUUCAAGCACAUAAUCUAAUGUCUUGUGAUGUUGUUUACAUUCAACAAGAGAAAACUCCUAAAACAGAAUUUCAUCAGUUGUCAGAAAAUGCCAAGCUAACGCUUUGUUCAAACCUGCAAAUCCCGUUUAUAGCAAAGAAACUUUGUAGCGAAGGAAAAAAACCAGAUACAGCCAGGUCACCUCUUCAAUGCAAAAUAGUUUUGGGUGAUGGAAAUUGCUUCUUUCGAGCUUUAUCAGUAUGCCUCUCAGGCUCUGAGGAAUCGCAUGAAAUUUUAAGGUCUAAAAUGUGUACACAUGUCACACAAAACAAGGCUUUGUUCAAAGGACUUUUAAGAUCACCCAGCCAAUCAUUAGAAGAUUACUUAAUGAGUAUGAGUUGUGUUGGUACUUGGGCAACUGAAUUUGAAAUAAUAGCCAUGUCACACAUGUUGAAUGUCAACAUUUUCACAUAUUCUGAUUGGGCAUGGAAAAAAUAUUCAGGCAGCCUUGUAGACAGACUAUUCUCACCAAUAGAUGGAAGUAUUUAUCUUAAUCAUGUCAAUGGAAAUCAUUACAAUGUUGUAGAGUCUGUGUUAAACACAAUGGUUUUACCAAAUGGAAAUGAAAGCAAUUGUGACGAAGUCGUAAACGCCAAUAUCAAAACACAGAAAAGGAUGCACACUAAAGAAUCUGCAGAUCAUUCAAGUCGUGAACAGGAUAAAAAACGAAGGAAAUUGUGGUUCCAAAAGCAGUAUCAAAACAAUAAUCAAUUUAGGGAAAAUAUACUUCAAAAGAGGAAACUUGAUUAUCAAAGCCAAAGAGAGAGCAAAUUAAUGAAAUUGAAAACAAAAUACAAAGAGAUGGAAGGCUUUAAAAGUAAACUGAAAAGGUACAGUAAGGACAAGUAUGAAACAGAUGAAAAACACAAAAGUCAGAAAAAGGAUUACAGCAAACGAGAGUACAGCUCAAAUGUAAAGCAUAGAGAGAGGAAAAAGGAAUUGAGCAAAGAAAAGUACAACACAGAUAAAAAGCAUCAAGAAGAGUUGAAAGAAAGAACUAAAUCAAAGUACAAAAACAAUCUAGUAUUUCAGAAAAAAAUGAGAGAGUACAGCAAAACUAAAUACAAAACUGAUGUUGUUUUUCAGAAGAAACUAAGGGAGUAUAGUACAAAAAAGUACAAUACUAAUGACUCAUUCAAAAGGAAAUUGAUUGAGUACAGCACAAAAAAAUAUAAAACUAAUGAAGGUUUUAGACAAAAGGUUAGAAAAAGCCUAAGACUGAAGUACCAAGACAAAGAUUUUCAGCAGAGAAAGAAAGAAUAUGGAAAAGAAAGAUAUCACAAGAAACCAGAACUCAAAGAAAAAGUAAUGCAAAGCAAAAAGAGACGAAGAAAUAUUAAUGCAUCAAAAUGUGUUGAUACAGAUUAUGUAUUGGAGAAUUUCCAGAAGAAAGCUUCAGAGGGGCCUUGUUAUGCAUGUUCUUCAUGUCAUCGACUUCUAUUUAAAAAUCAGGUGGAGAAAUGUGAUUUGGAAUCAUUUAAAGAAAAAUCAGAGUCAAUAUGGAAUGUUGCAAGACAAUGCAUAUCUGACAAAUAUCUACACACUUGUUCAGCACAUUGUCCUCUAAACUGUACUUUCUCCUCUCAUUGGAUAUGCAAAACAUGCCAACGAAAAAUUAUGAGUAGUCAAAUUCCUGCCGAAUGUGCUGCAAACAACAUGCAACUGUUUGAUGUACCAGUUGAGCUAGAGAAUCUAAAUACACUGGAAAAACAUUUAAUAGCACUGCACAUUCCAUUUAUGAAAGUUGCUGCAUUGCCAAGGGGAGGUCAGAAUGCUAUAUAUGGCCCAGUUGUAUGUGUUCCAUCAGACCCAAAGAAAGUCGAAGCUCUGCCAAGAAGAGCAGAAGAAGAUAUGGUAAUAAAAGUCAAGCUUAAACGCAAACUUUCGUACAAGGGUCAUUAUGAAUACCAAUUUGUCAAUCCACUACAUGUUCAAGAAGCAUUAAGGUAUUUAAAAGAACACAAUAGCUGGUAUUCAGAAAUAGACACUACAGAGGACUGCAUUCGCAAAGAUUUGGACAAGGAAGAAACUUCUUUGGAUGCUGAAAAUGUGGGAACAACAGAACAAAAUGAUUCAGAGCAAGAUCUUCAGACUGGAGUUCAAUAUGACACUUGCCUACAACCAGUUGACAUAGGUCAGGAGGUUCUUGAUCAUUAUUUCAAUGAUAUAUACAACAUAGCACCAGCAGAGGGAAAAAAUCCAGUUCGAAUGCUUCAAGAAGAUGGAAAUGAAGCAAAGUCUUUUCCACAUUUAUUCCCAAAUGGGAAAAACACAUGGACUGAGAGUAGAGAAAAGAGGAUUACACUUGCAAAGUACUUUAACAACAGAUUGAUGAAUGCUGAUGGUAAGUUUGCGAAAGAUAUUGAUUAUAUAUUUUUCAGCCAAUAUCUAUCAGAACUGAAGCAAGUUAUUGAUAAGACACAAAUAUCGAUUCGAAAGUCUUCUGUGAAAACAAAACAAGGGACAAAAGUUACAGCGAAUAUGUUGCAUGAUCCAGAGAUUUUGAAAGAAAUGUUUAAAUCUGAUGAAGCUUUGCGCUUUCUUCAACCCAUACGUGGAACACCAUCAUUUUGGCAAAGUGUACAAAAGGACUUGUUUGCAAUGUUAAGGCAGCUAGGUAUACCGACUUGGUUUUGCUCAUUCUCUUCGGCUGAAUUCAGAUGGCAUGAAAUUAUUAAUGUCUUAUUGCAUCAGCAAGGUGAUGACAGAAAAGUGGAUGAGCUAGACUGGACGGAAAAGAGUAAAUUGUUGAAAUCAAAUCCCGUAAUUGUUGCACGCAUGUUUGAACGCAGAUUUCAUGUAUUUCUUCAUGAAGUUAUAUUAAGCCCAGCAGAACCCAUUGGAAAAAUUCAGGACUACUUUUACCGAGUAGAAUUUCAGCAAAGGGGUUCACCACAUGUGCAUUGUAUGUUCUGGGUUCAAAACGCCCCAAAUUUAGUGCAAGACGGAAAGCAGACAGUGUGUGAUUUUAUUGACAAAUAUAUCACAUGCUCCAUUCCAAGCGGAGAGGAAGAUUUUAAGUUGCACAAUGCUGUUCUCCAAGUCCAGCAACACAGUAAAAACCAUUCUAAGUCGUGUAGAAAAGGUGGGAAAGAAUGUCGAUUUAAUUUCCCCAGACCGCCAUCAAGCAAAACGUUCAUUUCAUCACCAACUGAGGAAACAUCAAAAGCUGAAGUCGAAGUUGCAGAUGAUGAAAUAAAGCUACAAAGAUCAGAGGCAAGGAAUGUUUUACAGAAUGUUUGGGAAAAAAUUCAAGCCGAUGAUUUUGAUGUUGAUAAAACAACAACAGACAUUUUCAAAGAUCUUAAAAUCACACAAGAGCUCUAUGAAGAAGCGUUUCAGUUGAUGACGGCGAAACAAACUAUUGUCCUUAAGAGAAACCCCAAAGAACAGUGGAUUAAUCAGUAUAAUCCACAUUUACUUAAAUGCUGGGAUGCCAAUAUGGACAUACAGUUUGUUCUUGAUCCUUUCAGUUGUAUUGUCUAUGUGGUCUCCUAUAUAUCAAAAGCUGAGAGAGAAAUGGGCAUGCUUUUGAAACAGACAAAGAUAGAAGCUUCUGAAGGAAACAUGAAUGCAAAGGAAACCAUGAAAAAGAUUGGAUCGGCAUAUUUAUCUAAUCGGGAGGUCAGUGCUCAAGAGGCUGUUUUUCGAAUUUGCAAUCUGAGAAUGAGAGAAUGCUCGAGAAAAGUGGUGUUCGUUCCAGUAGGAGAAAACCCGACAAGGUUGAGCAAACCACUCUCUGUAUUGACUAAAAACAAAACACAGAUCCCUGAACUGGAAGACGGUGAUUCAGAGAACCAGAACGAUGAAGAUGACAUUUGGAUGACGAACAUUGUUGAUCGCUAUCAACAAAGACCCGUUUGUGAACCUUUUCCAAAUAUGUGUCUAGCAACAUUCUGUUCUGAAUACAGAGUUCUGUCAAAGUCACAAAUUCCCCAAAAGCAACGCGAGGGUGUUUAUAUGUUGCAGAAUAACAAAGGGUUUGUUCAAAAAAGAUGUAAAACUGAUCCAGCUGUUAUUCGGUAUCCGAGGUUCAAUACAGAAAAGAACUCUGAAAAACAUUAUCAAUCUCUUCUUCAGUUGUAUCUACCUUACAGGCAAGUAGUACAUCUAAAGCCGCCAGGGUUUGACAUGUAUCAAACAUUUUACGAAAGUGGUUAUGUUUGUUUAGAAGGAUCUAACAAAUUAGAGCAUGUGAAACAAAUUGUAGAUACAAAUUGGACACGUUUUGCUUCCAACGAACAGAUGUUAAAUGAAGCUCAACAAGUGUACGAAUUAGUUGGAGAUGUUCAAGACGCAUGGGCUUCAUUAUGUCCAGAAACCGAGAAUGAGAGGGAUUUAUGUGAAAUGCAAAAAAGAAAGACUCAUGAUAAUGUCAAUACUGAUUCUAUUCCAGAGCUUGAAACGCCUGAUCAUACUUUGAACAUAGCAUAUACAGUGGCACAUCAAAACACUUCAAGGGAAGAAAUAUUUCCCAUGUUGAGGUCACUGAAUUACAAGCAACGCAAAAUGUUCUAUCAUUUGAGAGAGUGGUGUUUAAAGAAAGCUGCUGGAUGCAACCCUACACCAUUUUAUUUGUUUGUGACAGGAGGUGCAGGAACUGGCAAAAGUCACCUUAUCAAAUCAAUUAAUUAUGAGGCUUCUAGGCUUUUGCAAAAAAUUUGCUCUGAACCGGAAGAAACUACAAUAUUGUUGACAGCAUUUACAGGAACAGCUGCAUUCAAUAUAGGUGGUUGCACAAUCCACCAUGCAUUCUCUUUGAAUAAGUACAUGCCAAUUCCAUACGAACCACUGAGAGAGCAAAGUUUAAGUCCACUACGUGCUAAGUUGGAAAAUUUGCAAAUACUUGUCAUAGAUGAAGUAUCCAUGGUUUACAAGAAACUGUUGUAUUAUAUACACGAAAGGCUGAUACAAAUUAAAAGAAAUAAGUGUCCUUUUGGUGGUGUAUCAGUUCUUGCCGUUGGGGACUUUUAUCAACUACCACCCGUGAAGCAAAGUAAAGCUGAAAGAUUGUACAAAGAAAAUGCUAGCUAUCCUUGUGACUUUUGGAAUGAGUAUUUCAAACUUGUAGAGUUAGAUGAAAUAAUGCGUCAAAGGGAAGAUCUAGCCUUUGCAAACAACCUCAAUUCGCUACGUACUAGAACUUUAAAUCAGGAAUUAGGAGAACAGGUUUUGCAUAUGCUGAAACGAUGUAUUCGAGUAGGAAAUGAAAAUGCUUUACAUGUGUUUGCAACAAACGAUGAGGUGAAUGAACAUAAUUUGAAGAUGAUUAAGGGUACUUGCACAGAUUUACGAGAAAUAUUGGCAAAAGAUUUCGAAAGGGACAAAACAAGUGGGAAAAUGUCUUUGAGGGAAAAGCCGUUUGUACGACACAAAAGCGAUGGUAUGUCCAGCUUGCUAGUAUUAUCUGUUAAUGCAAGAGUCAUGUUAAUUCGAAAUAUUGAUGUAUCAGAUGGACUUGUAAAUGGGGUUAUUGGAACAAUCACUGAAUUUCAAGAAGAAUCAAAUGGAGACCUUAAAUCAAUUAAUGUUUUGUUUGACAACCAAAUUGUUGGCAAAAAAAGCGGAAUAAGAAAAGAUGAAAGUUUUGUCGUUCAGAUUCAUAGAAGUGAAGAAGAAAUGAAAACAGCAACAAAUAAAACUUUCAUCAGACAUCAGUUUCCGCUUCGAUUAGCAUGGGCUUGUACUGCACACAAAGUGCAAGGACUUACAACUUCUGAAAUAGUUGUUAAUUUAAACAGAGUUUUCUCUCCUGGUCAGGCAUAUGUUGCUCUAAGUAGGGUUACGUCUGAGCUAGGUUUAAGUAUAUCAGUUUCCAGUGACAAUGUACUAAAAAACAAAAUUUAUGCCGAUAAAGAGGUGUCCGAAGCACUGUCUAAAAUGCCGCAUCUCUUCAGAGACAAUGAUUGUACAAGAGAUCACACAGUGGACAGAACUAUCGUUCUUCACAAUGUUCAAAGCCUCCGCAAGCAUUUUGAUGAGAUGGUACACGAUUCCAGAAUUUUAGAUUCAGAUAUGAUAUGCUUGACUGAAACAUGGUUGACGAAUUUUGACGACAUAGAAAAAUUCUAUAUCGAAAAUUUCAAAUUUCACCAGCUUACAAGAUAUCAAGCCUACGACGACGUGGAUGACAUUUACAAAAAGUUAAAAACAUCAAAAGGCGGUGGCAUAGCAAUAUAUAUUAAAAAUACCUGCAAUAUUAUAAGAAAACAGCUUCCUGUAAACAACAUUGAGGGUAUUCUUUUGGAAGAUCCAAUGAAUCAAGUUAUCUAUGUUGUUCUUUACAGACCAAACGUUUACACCUCCCAGAAAUUUUUAAUGAAUUUAGAAAUGCUUUUACAGGAGUUGGACAACAAAACAGACGACAAGGUUGUUAUGGGAGACUUUAAUGAAAAUUUAUUUGCAUCGGAUGUUUCAGUUUUCAAACUCAUGGAACAAUAUGGAUAUCACCAGUCUGUAGAUUUCCCAACUACAGAAAAUGCUACACUUAUUGACCAUGUGUAUUCAAAACUACAUCGAUCAAAAAUUCAAGCAAAGCCGAUGCCAAUUUAUUAUAGCUACCAUGAGGCUAUUUCAUUAAAUAUUUCACAGAUAAGCUACUAG